AUGACUACUGUGCAGGACUGUCCUGAAGAAAUUUCGCAUAGUGGAAUUAGCGUCAAAUGGAAACAAAGUUCUUUGGCUGAUCAUAUAGAAUCUGAUCCGCAAUGCUACCGAAACCAAAAUCUAAUCACAAGAAACUGUACAGAUAACGUUUGGAAGCCGCCAUUAGAAGCUGUCGAACCUUGUCUCAAGGUCGUAAAGAAUUUUGAUGUAUUUUCUUGUCCUCCUGGAUUUCACAAAAUAUCAGAAAAGAACAAUGACUAUUGUUAUCAAAUUGGCCAACCAUCACAAUGGGACUAUCCUUGUUUUAGUAGUGGAGCGGCAUCGGUCAUCUCAGAUUUAUCAGAACUCGAAUUAAAUUCUUUACUGCAGUCCCUGGUUUCAAUGAAUAUAUCCAGAUAUUUUUGGCUACCCGGAAAAAGACACAAACUUUUUAAUCCAGCUGUUUGGAACAUCCCAGGUCCAAACUGGGGUCGACGUGUGAAGUCUAACAGCUACUUGCGUUACAGGACGAUAUUUUUAAAAAAUUGCCUCUUACUUGAUGUCCAACAGCGAGUGAUCAUCACAGAAACCUGUAGUAACAUUUACCCCAGUUUGUGUUUCUAUAUUAACGAAUUUUAUCAUCCGUCUAAAUGUCCUGACGGAUAUUAUGCACUUAGAUUUCAACUUGAUAACGGCACUUGCUUCGGAAUUGAAAGCUCAGAUUCGAUAAAUGGUUGGACUUUUGACGAAUUCAUAACCGCCAAAUGUAAAAAUCCAAUGAACGUUUCUUCAUUGAAUGCUUUGAGUAGAUUCAUGUUCAAAAAAAUUGCUGAACUUUCUAAAUUACCAAACGAAAUUUGGUGCUGGUUAAAAUUUACCAGUUACUAUAUGGCUAGCAAAAAUAAUACUUUCUUGGAAGACUUAGAAGAACAUAAUUUAGAAGGUAUAAUAGAUAAUGCCGGAACUUUAGGAUUAAUGAAUAAAUCACGGCAUCUGUCCUGUAUGGCAUGUGAAACUCAAGUUAUUUAUUUAGAAACAGAGUUGAUGUUUGAAUAUAAUACAGUCGAUAACAAUCUUUACCUCACUAUAUAUUAUCCUUCAGGUUUAUGGAAAUAUAAUAAGACUGAUAAAGGUGUUCAGUGUUUUUCCGAUGCCAAUGGAUUUGUGGGUGUCAUAAAUGUACGCGAACUUGAUUUAUUUCAAUCAAAACAAAUAAUUUCUGAAUCUAUAGCCUCUAACAAAGUAAUUAACGGUAAUGCAGUAGAAAAAGUAAUUUAUGUAAUAAAUCUAGUCACAGAUAGAUCUGCUCAGUAUUGGUGCGAAGGGCACACAACAAAUUUCACAUUGAUUUCCACGAACAAAAUUGUCGUUAAUCCAAGAGGCAAUGAUGUUCACGUAUUUUCCGUUACUGUUGAAUACUUAAUAUUAAAUGAAAUUGAAGACGAAACUGAACUGAAUAGUGUAAUUCUGUUACUGACUACUAUAUUUAAUGCAAACAAAGUACUACUAAUGGAUAUUUUAGGAUAUAAUAAAAAUAGCAUUUUAAUGUUAUUUCAUAUUCACGUAGUCCUUGAAGAUACUCACGAAGACUACGGACUAAACAUAAUAGAAAAACUGAAUUUUAUAAAAAAUCAAGCUAAUUUGCAUUUGCCCCAACAUAACUUAACAGUGUUGAACAUAUCGAGUUCGUUGUAUUGUCUACCGACCACCUCCAGUGACACCAUAAUGCUUGAUUGGGAUUUGACAUCAAUAGGUCAAAUUUCAGCACCAAAACAGUUUUGUUUGCAGAGCAAUGGCUUACCAGUUAAGCGGCGCUGUCUUGGAUCUUAUUUGUAUGGAAGCAAUUGGGGUAGUAUUGAUGGGAUAUGCGAUACAGCAUACAAACCUUCUACAACAACACAAUUUUUAUACAACUUUUUAAAGGGCCAGGAACCCAAUUAUACUUCUCGUUUUAUUACGGAUGGGCUAAAUUUUGUUCUGAACGACACAGAUAUCAUAAUACCAGCAGAUAUAUACUAUCUAUCCAUGUCACUACGACAAGUUUUACAAAUUUCUCAUGAACAAGAAAUCUUUAUCGAUAUGGGAUAUAUUGAAAAUAUAGUCUGGGCGAUGGAUAGAAUGAUGACAUUGGAUUGUGAGUACUUACGCUUAGCACAAACACUCAAUUCUACUAAUGUUAUAUUAAGUUCGGUAAAUUAUAUUAUUGAAAAUAUUGCGUACAACAAUCUGACAUUACAUCGGAACAUUUUAGAAAACGAAAACUAUCAAAUUGCUGUAAAGCCGAAUUUUUUAGUACAAAUAUCGUUCCCAGAACUGAAUAACAUAACUGGAAUAGCUCUUUCUAAAAACACAGAGUCAGAUUCUUUUAAUGACAUGAAAAUUAUACCGCUUUAUAAAAACACUACACUAGACUACGUGCAAUCCAUUGUAAACCUGGAAGUCGCUACUUGGGUACCUGAAAACGUAAUAAAUACUUUGAUACCUAAUUCUAAUGGAAGCGUUCAAAACUAUACCAAUAAGAAAGACAUCAACAUUAUCCUGAGCUUAUUUCAUACUGACGCUGUAUUUCCGGAAGUAAACUUCAAAGAACAUGCCAUAAAUAGCCGCAUUGUAGGUGUCACUAUACCAGGAUUUAUUUCAAACUUAGAAUACCCGGUACCCCUUAUAUUCAGAGAAUUCAAUGAAAGCAGUUCGAACAAAUUUUGUGGAUACUGGGAUUUUAAGCCACACGGACCUUUCAAUAAUAAUCCUGGGGCGUGGAAAAAUGAAGGAUGCUACUUAAUAAGGUCUGAAGAUAAAUUAACUGUUUGUGAAUGCUAUCAUCUUACACAUUUCGGUCAACUUCUUCAUAUUUCAGACUACAAUUUUCCUAGUAAUAAUAAAAUUCACAAAAGGGCAUUAAACAUUAUCACUUUGAUUGGUUGCUUCCUUUCGUUAGGAGGCAUAGCCGGUAUUUGGAUCACGGCCCUAAUUUUCGGUAAUUGGCGUAAAAAACCUGGUACGAAGGUACUUUUACAGCUGUCGACUUCUAUCGCUUUUCCAUUGCUUUUCAUGGUAGUUUAUGAUUUGGAUAACACGAUAUUUAUUACAGAAAACGAUGAACAUUUCGUUGACGAAGAUUAUAGAACUGUUUGUACUGUAUUGGGUGCUAUACUACAUUACUCUAUUCUUAGUAGUUUCUUGUGGAUGCUAAUUGCGGCUGUUCUUCAGUUCGUGCGUUAUGUCAGAGUGCUAGGUAUACGCAGAUCUCCAACGUUCAUGAUAAAAAUAAGUAUAGCUGGUUGGGGUGUGCCAAUAAUACCGGUUACAAUAACACUCAUUAUCGACCCAUCAAAUUACAUACCUGCUCCGUCCCAAACUAGAGAGAUUUGCUAUCCUCAAGGCUUUGCUUUAAUAUUUGGUAUUAUAAUGCCCGUUGGUGUAAUACUGAUUAUAAACGUUAUCCUUUUUAUACUAGUACUUCACGCUAUAUCGAGAAACUCUGAUGAAGGCACGAAGAAUAUGGACAUGGACCUUGUAGGAGCCCAAUUGAGAUUAUCAGUAUUUUUAUUUUUCUUGUUGGGUUUGACAUGGGUAUUUGGCAUCUUAUCAUUCUCGAAAAAUUUACUUUGGUCUUAUUUGUUUUGUUUGACUUCUACAUUGCAAGGUUUUGUUUUAUUUAUCUACUUUAUUAUUUGUGAUCCAGUCACUAGAAAAAUGUGGGUCGCACUAGUCAAAUCACCAGCGAGCCGAGGUAAUACUAGAAACAGUAUCACAAGUCUAAGCGUGACUUAA